CUCACACAAGUUCUUUGCCACUUAGCCAGUUACUACUGCUACUACUUCUUCUUCACACAAAAUAAUAAACAUCUUCUAUGGAAUUCAUUUCCUUGUUCUUUACACUAUUGUUUUCUUCAAUUUUCUUGAUCUUUCUCCUCCAUUCUGUCCUCAAAUUCUUUGAUAGCAAUCACUGGAAUUUGCCUCUUCCUCCUGGCUCAUUGGGUUGGCCUUAUAUUGGCGAAACCUUCCAACUCUACUCUCAAAACCCAAAUGUCUUCUUUGCCUCUAAACAGAAGAGGUAUGGCUCUGUGUUCAAGACCCACAUCUUGGGUUGUCCUUGUGUAAUGAUUUCAAGUCCAGAAGCUGCAAGAUUCGUGCUUGUAACGAGAGCUCAUCUCUUCAAGCCAACAUUUCCAGCAAGUAAAGAAAGGAUGUUAGGCAAACAAGCUAUCUUCUUUCACCAAGGAGACUACCAUGCCAAAUUGAGAAAACUUGUCCUUCAUGCUUUUGUACCUGAAUCAAUCAAAACCAUCGUCAGUGAUAUCGAAUCCAUUGCUAAAGAGUCUCUAAAAUCUUGGGAAGGAAGAGUUGUAAACACUUUCCAAGAAAUGAAAACAUACACAUUCAACGUUGCAUUACUUUCUAUAUUUGGAAAGGAUGAGUUCCUAUACAGAGAAGAUCUGAAGAGAUGUUACUACAUUCUUGAGAAAGGAUACAAUUCAAUGCCCAUUAACCUGCCUGGAACGCUCUUCCACAAAUCCAUGAAAGCAAGAAAAGAGCUUGCUCAGAUCUUGGCAAAAAUUCUCUCCACCAGGAGGCAAAUGAAGCUUGAUCAAAACGACCUGCUUGGAUCUUUCAUGGGUGACAAAGAAGGUCUCACAGACGAUCAAAUCGCCGAUAAUAUUAUAGGUGUGAUCUUUGCAGCUCGUGACACAACUGCUAGUGUUCUAACAUGGAUUCUCAAGUACCUUGGAGAAAACCCCAGUGUCCUUCAGGCAGUCACUGAAGAGCAACAGGACAUAGUAACAAGCAAAGAGAAGUGUGGUGAGGAGAAGCUUCUUACUUGGGCAGAUACCAAGAAGAUGCCAAUUACUACAAGGGUGAUUCAAGAGACACUAAGAGUUGCUUCAAUUUUGUCUUUUACUUUUAGAGAGGCCGUUGAGGAUGUUGAAUAUGAAGGAUAUCUGAUUCCAAAAGGAUGGAAAGUUUUGCCACUUUUCAGAAACAUUCACCAUAACCCAGAAAUCUUUCCAGAUCCUGAAAAGUUUGAUCCUACAAGAUUUGAGGUUGCACCAAAGCCCAAUACUUUUAUGCCAUUUGGCAAUGGGACCCACUCAUGUCCUGGAAAUGAGUUAGCUAAGCUGGAGAUUUUGGUCCUGCUCCAUCACCUGACCACUAAGUACAGAUGGUCUAUGGUGGGAACAGAUAAUGGGAUUCAGUAUGGCCCUUUUGCCCUUCCCCAGAAUGGUUUGCCCAUCAAAUUGUCUAAGAAAUCAUAGUUUUGCUUUCUAACUCCAAGAGAGAAAAAGGAAAAAAGGGCAGUUUGUUUACAUGGAAAAAGCUUGCCUUUUAUAUGGGCUUUCUUCUUUCUUCAAAGGAAUGAUGAAGAGGGAGAGAGAGAGAGAGAGAGAGAGAGAAAGACACCAAACAAAGACCAUUUAGCAUCAAGAGACAGUUCAAGGAAGAUAAUUUGAAGACUGUUAUACAAAAAGGGAAAUCAAUUGUACAGAAGAGUCUCAUACCCUAAAAGAAAAAAUAUACAUAUUUAUGUUCAAUUUUUUAAGAUUUGAGAGUGGGAGAAAAUAAAAAAAAAAAAGAAAAAAAAAAGGAAGAUUAGUGUAUGAUGUUUAAUUGGGUUUAAUCCCAACUUGGGAUUGGUUUGUAUUUACCUAUAUAUAGAUUUGAGCUGCAAGGCAAAACUAGAAAAUUUCAAUUUAAUGAAGGUUUUUGAUUUA